AUGAGAAUUACACUAAUUCCCUUAUUGUUGGUCCUGGCUGCUGCCUGUGUCCCUGCCCUCUGUGGCAAAGGGGAGCAGCUAGUCCUCCAGCCCGAGGCCCCGGUUGAAACCCGUUCCCGCUUUGCAGCUCUGGAUGAUGUGCGUCUUCUGGCGAACGGCCUCCUCCAGCUGGGUCAGAGCCUGCGGGAGUUUGUGCAGAAGACAAAGGGACAGAUAAACGACAUCAUCCAGAAGCUCAACAUCUUUGACCACUCGUUUUACCAGCUCUCAGUGCUAGCCAGUGAAAUUAAAGAGGAAGAAGAGGAGCUAAAGAAGACCACCGUAGUGCUGAAGGCCAACAACGAAGAGAUCAAGGGCAUGUCUUUUGAGAUCAACUCCAAAGUAGACAACAUCCUGCAGGAGAAAAGCCAGUUGCAGAACAAGGUGGAAGGGCUGGAGGAGAAACUGAGCAGCCUGUCACAUGGCUUGGUGACAAGUGAACAAUUGACAGAGAUUACUGGCCUCAGGGAAGUGAUUUACAGCCAGGAGCGGAGCAUCACAGAGCUGCUGAAGGCUGUGAAGGAGCAGAGUGACCAACUCAACCACCAGAAGCUUCAGAUCAAGAUUAUGGAGGAAAAGCUUACAGUCGACACAUUGACCCAAGAGACCAUUGAGAGGAUGCCUGAAAUCUUCAACGGUGACGCACCAACACUCACCCCUUAUCUGACCUCAAGCUCUCCCAGCACCACCGACAUGAUGAAUCUGCCAUCAGACUGCAGUGACCUGUUCAACAGAGGGGAACGAGCCAGUGGCCUCUAUGCCAUCAGACCCACCGGAGCAGAGCCCUUCAUGGCUUUUUGUGACAUGAGCAAAGAUCAUGGAGCAACAGUCAUCCAGCGAAGGAGGGAUGGCUCAGUGAAUUUUGAUCAAAUCUGGGAGAAGUAUGAAAAUGGGUUUGGAGAUUUUCAAGGAGAGUUUUGGCUGGGGCUCAGAAAGAUCCACUCUCUAGCCGCUCAGGUCAACUCUGUCCUUCACAUCCAGCUGGAAGACUGGAAACAGGGCAGGCGCUUCAUCGAAUACAGAUGUAACCUUAGUGGUCCUGAGAACAACUACACCAUUCACCUCACGCAUCUGUCUGGAGAAUUGCUGGACCCCAUGAGCAACCACUCUGGCAUGAUGUUCUCCACCAAGGACAGGGACAAUGACAACCACCAGGACUCCAACUGUGCCCACAACUACACAGGUGGAUGGUGGUUCAAUGCCUGCGGAGACACUAACCUGAAUGGGAGAUAUUUCCACAUGAGACCUAAGGGGCGCUCAGAGCGUAAGAGAGGGAUUCAAUGGAGGCCAGGCCGGAAGAAUUCUUACUCCCUCAAGUUCACCCAGAUCUCUGUACAACACGUGGCUUCUCCCAGAACCAUCUCCUCCACUUCAGUCUCUUCCGAGCCAGGCGUCUUUCUGUGAUCCAGGACCAACUAUCUCCUCCGAAAAUACUGCAUUCAACAUAAACAGUGGCCUCUUGCGGUUAAUGCAGUUAGCAGUUACAACAUAUCUUCACUCACUGUAUCUCAGAAGUUAUGGAGAAGAAAAUAAAACAUGCAGCAUGUGUGAGCAGUUUUUAUAUUGGGUCACAUUGAC